AUGGCCUCUUGUUCAAAGCGCGAUCCCACGAUGUCUUCAUCCAUGAACGAGGCUGAUCGGGUCGAGCAACUUCUCAAGGAGGAUGGGCUCACAACCUGGGGCUUCGGCAUCUUUCGUUGCACGACGUACCACAAUGCCGCGCUAGAGCGCGGCUCAGGAAGAAGUGAAUAUCAAAGAUGUGACGAAAGACAGCUGUGA